GUGCCGUGUCCAGGGACGCUGACACCUUUUCCAAGGCAACGGGAUCAAGCUAGUUAACCGUAUCAGUGUUGACUAACUUGGUAGUUAUUUGAAUAAAUCUGAAGCAGCGCACACCUGCCCCAGAAGUUAUAGUUAUAGUGAAGUAAAAUGUCUGUCCACUUUAAGGUAUGCUACAUUGCUUUUACCACAUUGCAACCAGUAGUAGGCUGGUAGACGCAAAUACUUGUCGUGCUUUAGCGACGUCACCAGUGCUGGGGAAGCUCGAAGGUUUCGAUUUGCUAGUUUGAUUCAGUCUUACAAACAACAAGCUGUGGAUAAAAGGAACAUGGUUGACAUUUGUUUCUGAGGAUAGGUGUUACUGCAACAAGCUGGAUAUAUCGCUGGGAAAAUCUCUUGCGCAGAUAAUGGCAUAAUGAGGUAUCAGUGAGUACAGGAACCAGUAUCGAGGACCGAAGGCGAGAUCCAGAAGUGCGUCUCCGCAUCGUAGAAUGCUACUGGCUGGCAUGCGAUCAGCUCACCAGGGUAUUAGCCGGGAACCUCAGUUUCUGUCCAGGAGGAAGAUCCCCACCCACCCACCACAGGUGUCCCGCUCCAUGCAUUGGGACCAGUUGUCGGGGCUGAGCUGCCAGGAGCCCAUUCCUCCCUUCAGGCCUGCUGCUGGGGGGACUGUAGGGAAGGAGCCUACAGCAGUGGCUGUGGCAGAGAUACCCGAGACCCCUGUGGCUCCUAGGGGCCCUAGACCCCCAGAGGAGCAGUCACAACUGCAACCUCAGCCUCACAUUCCUUCCCCCUCUCCCACAGACCAAAGACCAGAGCCCCCCAUGAACGGAGUGCAGCACGUGUUGAUGAGGAAGGCAGGACUCCGGUCUGACAGGCCCAGGCCAAGGGGCAGGCGGCACAACUCAGAGUAUCAGAGGCAGUUUGAGUGGAAGGACAGAGUGGCCAACUCACCUCUGCUGGCUGCAGAUCAGAGUCUUGAGGCAGUAACAAGGCAGCCAGGAGAUGGCAGCAGAGAGGCUCUGCACUCCAGCACAGUUCUCCCUAUGCAUGGUUCCAACACUGUGCCAUUUGAGAGCGAGUACAGCAGGAACUUUAAGGGUUCCCCACCCCCUCGGCCUCCACGCUUGCGGCGGGAUAUCGAGCAGAAUGAGGUUCCGUUGUUCCAAAGGGAGAACGUUCCCCCAGAGAACACCUCUAAGGCCAAGAGGAAGAAAAGAAAGGAGCAACAUUUGGACAGGAAGCACAAGAACUCCAAAGAGGAAGUGGCCCAGGGCCAGCCAUCAGGCACCAAACAGGAAGCAGCAUCACUAAAUCCCCAGCAAACUGUUGACCCUCCUUCUGGAUGCAGGAAGAUGAAGUCUGAAUAUAAUGCCAGGUUCCGCUCUCCACUGCAGUAUCAGUACGAAGAUGGGGCCUGGGUGAAGGCCUCAGACGCUGCAGAUGAGGUGCGAGAGCUGAGGGAGAAGGCUGAGAUGUACCGGCGGCGGGCGUGGGGCACACACUUCUCCCGCUACCAUUUGAACCAGAUCCUAUCGGAUCAGAACCACCUGUGGGAGGCCUCCACCGCCUCCGGCUCCACCCCACAAGAGAGCAGCGGGUCGGCCUGCAGCCCCACCAUAGAGGCCCUGGACCUGGCCAGGUCAGAGAGAUGGGUGGGCAGCGGGGCAAGCAGUGCCAGUUCUGCCCGUUCAGCUGGCCAGUGGUCCACCAGGGGGCAACCCGAUGCCCCCACCGGCCCCGAACUGCCCAAACAGGCCUGGGGGGACAGGGAGGAGCCCGAGAGGAAGAAGAAGGAAGCAGAUCUGGCUGAGCGGACAGACCAGCUGGAUCGGGACGAACAGAGGGAAGAAGAGGAGGAGGAGGAGCGAGAGAACAGAGAGCAAGGGGAUGAUGGAGGUGGCGGGGCCCAGGAGUUGGAGGGGUCCAGUAACUUCAGGGUAGCAGGCAGGCUGCCCACACCCAAACUGAGGACUUUGCCCCUCGCACAGAGAACACACCAUGACCGUACCACCCCCGCUGCCGGAGGAGCCAUUCUGGUAUCUCCCCCGAGAGUGAGGGCCUCCAUGCGAGAGCGGCCUCCCCCUUCCCCCCAGGGUAAACCCCGCUCCCCACAGAGACUCUUGGGCCACCUUUCCCCUGCCCGGGCGCCCUUCAAGGCAGAGGAGGCUAGGCUGACCCGCAGUCCGCCCACAGCAGGCCUCACCACCACGGACCCCCUUCCUCUCCGCCAGGACGCCUGGUAUGGUAUGGGCGUUGCCGAGGAACCCCCCAAAAGGUUGCCCGCCCCGAGGUCGUCUCGCAAACGGGCCCCCAGCGCUCAAGCUUUGGAACUGCCUGUCAACCGCAUCCAAGGCAUGCUCAGGGACCCCGAGUUCCAGCACAAUGGUAACUUGGGUCUUCACCGCCCAGGGCUCUUUGUGUAUCCUUCAAGUGAUUCAGCACUGUCGGAUGAUGAUGGCCGCAUGUCACAGAUUUCAGCCAGGUCGGCUGCAUCCUGCUCCAUGGCUGCCCAGCUUCUGGGUCGGACUUUGAAGAGGAAGGAGAACUUCUGGGGAAAAAGCUAAUGUGUGUGUGUGUGGUGGCAGCAGAUGAGUAAAGUGAUCAACUUGUCAGUAGAUUCAAUGAUUAACUUUAAUAAAUUAUGCUUGACAAGUGGUUACUAGUGUGUAAUUCAAAUAUUACAAUUUUUGUUUAAUGUAUUGUCAGUCUUAAUGAGGCAUUUUAAUAUUUAUUUUUGGUAUAACGAAAUGUGGUACUUGCUCUUGUAAGAGCUCUGAUUUUACCGGACUGGAUGAACAUAUCUAAUGAAAAAUGCAAUGUCAAUGUACAUUUUUAAGAUGUAAAUUUUAUACAUUUGUCUGUGCCUAACAACGCAGGAACCGGCCUCGACUAAGAUAAUUUGUUUUGUGUAGGAACAGAUUAUGGUCUGUAUAAUAAUACAUUUGUGAAAUAUACCUAAAUAAAGAUUUAAACUAUCA